AUGGAGAGAUCGGAUCUUUUGGAUAAACAUUUUUGCAAGUAUCCAGUAAUCUUUCUCUCUCUCAAGGGUUUUGAUGGUUGUGAAACUUGGUCGGCGAUGCAGGCACAACUAUGUCAGCAGUUGGCAACACUUUAUGAAGAACACAAAUAUGUUUAUGAAAAACUUAGCUAUAGCCCGCUAAAUGCGUCACGCUUUGAUCAAAUAUAUUCUGGUGUUCUAAAAGAUGGUAUCACUAACAACGCCCUUUUAUACCUCUCCAAGUAUUUGAAGGACUAUCACAGGAGCAAGUGCAUUGUACUGAUUGAUGAGUACGACCAUCCUAUUGACGUUGCUUACCGAUAUAAAUAUUACGAAGAAGCUCGUGGGUUUUUAGCUUCUUUAUUUAGAGCGUUACUCAAGAGCAAUGACGAAAAUUUGGAAAAAGCGCUUCUUGUCGGCAUGUCUCGCGUUGCUAAGUCAGGAUAUCUAUCAGGGCUUAACAAUAUGCAAGUGUUCCCAAUGCACGACCAAGAAUAUGCUGACAAAUUCGGUUUCACUGAAGAAGAGGUGGAAAUGAUCAAAGAUUGGUAUGAUGGUUAUAUGGCUUCGAAUGGGAGAAUUCAUCUAUACAAUCCUUGGUCGAUCAAUAAAUUUAUUAGUACAAAUAAUUUGGAGGCGCACUGGGUAGAUAUAGGAUGCACCACAACUAUCAAGAAAUUACUUUGGCACUCAACUGAAGACUUUAGAAAAAAGACAUUAACCUUACUUCAAAAAGGUGCUAUCAAUGUAGAGAUUUUGAAAGACAUUGAUUACUUAACACUAUCUCCUCAUGCAAGUGAUGUUUUAUGGACUUUACUCUACUAUGAAGGCUAUCUUACUAUGAACAAAGAAAAAAAACUAUGCAUCCCAAACACGGAAGUUUUCACAGAAUGGAAAGGAUGGUUAAAUAAUAGAAUUUCAUCUAAUCCAGAUACAAUGCUGGAGAUGCUUUUGCAAUGCCAUCUCACGAAAUUUGAGGAGGAACUUCCAACGAUGAUAAUGGAAUCUCUUUUGUAUUUUGAUACUACAGAUAACUCAACGGAAAGUAAUUAUCAUUGGCUUAUGGUUGGCAUACUUUCACCAGUACGAUAUCAUAAUUAUGAAUUUUUGUCAAAUAGAGAGGCUGGUGUAGGACGCUUUGAUGUUAGGAUUUCACUAAACACAAAAAAUGUAAUUUAUCCAGUAUCGAUAAUUAUGGAAUUCAAGAAAUCUGAAGAGGCAUUAGCACAGAUAAUAGAGAAAAAAUACCGCACUGGUAUAAGAACUACGAAAUUGGUUGAGUGCGGAAUUGCUUUUCAGGGAAAGCGUGCAUAUGUAUUGAGUAGAGUUCUUCGUAAGGAGAGAGAUCAGUGGGUAGAGGACGAAAAAAAGGCUAAAUAA